GUUAUUAAUAAUAAUGAUUGACCACACCCACUUAAACAUGGCAGCUAGCAGUACUACUCUAGUGCUGGACAAUGGAGCCUCCUCCUUGAAAAUAGGAAUAGAGAAAGAGACAGAACCAGUUUCAGUACCAAACUGCAUCACCAGGACAAAGACUGAAAGAAGGAAGAGUUUCAUUGGCAAUCAGUUGGAUGACAUUAAGGAUCUCUCUGGACUCUAUUACCUCCUGCCCUUUCAAAAAGGUUACCUUGUAAACUGGGACACACAGAGACAGAUAUGGGAUCAUGUCUACCAGUCACUGCUCAAGAUAACACCAUCAGACCUCAACCUUAUUGUUACUGAACCACCUUUUAACUUUCAGUCAGUGAGGGACGCCAUGAUUGAAGUAUUGUUUGAGGAAUAUGGUUUCUCAUCUCUUACUCUCACUCUCCCAUCAUCUCUCUCCUCCUUCCAUCAGCUAAUGGAGUACCCAGAGAGACCCUGUACACUAGUGGUGGACAGUGGGUAUUCAUUCACUCAUGUUGUUCCCUAUUAUCGUGGGAAGGCUUUACUUGAGAGUACCUUGAGGAUUGAUGUCGGUGGUAAACUGCUCACUAAUCACUUGAAGGAGAUAAUCUCCUACAGACAACUUAAUGUCAUGGAUGAGACCUACGUCAUGAAUCAAGUGAAAGAAGAUGUUUGUUUCGUCUCUCAAGACCUUUACACUGACAUGAGGAAAGCUAGAGGGAAACAAGACACAAAUACAAUAUCUCUUGACUAUGUCCUUCCUGAUUUCACGUCUGUUAAAACUGGAUACAUAUUACCAAAAGGGGGCAAGCAACAUGGAACUAGUGAAGAACAGAUAUUAAGGAUUGGCAAUGAAAGGUUCAGUAUUCCAGAGAUAUUGUUUAAUCCAUCAGACGUUGGAAUACAUCAAAUGGGAAUACCAGAGGCCAUUGUCCACUGCAUAUCCACUACCCCUAAACCAAUGCACAGAUACCUCUACUCCAAUAUCCUAGUGACUGGAGGAAGCACAAGGUUUCCUGGUUUCCGUGAGAGGGUUCUUACUGACGUACGUAAACUGGCCCCAGAUACGUAUCCAGUUGAUGUUACACAACAUGAUCGACCUGAUUUGGUCCCCUGGUUGGGGGGCCAGAAAUUGGCGCAAGAAGGAAGGGAGGGGGCAGGGGGGCACCUUCAAAGUGUAACACAGUCAGAAUACAAGGAGGGAGGUCUGGCCCAAUGUCACAAGAAGUUUUAUGACAAUCAAAUAAUAUUACACUCAAAUUAUAAUUGAGUCCAAGUUGAAUGGUGUUUUGAAAUAAAACUAAAAUACUAAUAA